UCCCCGCCGCCGCGCUCAGAGCCCGGGCUCGCUCUGCCAGUGGGAAGAUGGCGACGGACGGCGCGAGCGGGGAGCCCGGCUCCAGCGGCCGGGGCGGCCCGACGGCAGCGAAAAGAGAGUUUGAUGUAGACAAUCUUAGCAAACCAGAACUGAGGAUGCUUUUGAGUGUUCUAGAAGGGGAGCUGGAAGCUCGAGAUCUUGUGAUCGAGGCUUUAAAGGCACGGAGGAAGGAGAUUUUUAUUCAGGAACGGUAUGGGAGAUUUAAUCUUAGUGACCCAUUUCUGGCUCUGCAGAGAGACUAUGAGGCAGGUGCUGGUGAAAAAGACAAGAAAUCCAUCUGUACCAACCCACUUUCCGUCUUAGAAGCUGUUAUGGCUCACUGCAGAAAAAUGCAAGAAAGAAUGGCCGCUCAGUUGGUUGCUGCAGAAAACAGACAAAAGAAGUUGGAAAUGGAGAAAUCCCAGUUACAGGCGCUUGAAAUGGAACAUAAAAAACUAUGCGCACGACUUGAGGAAGAGCGUGGCAAGAAUAAGCAUGUUGUGUUAAUGUUGGUGAAAGAAUGUAAACAGUUAUCCAGCAAGAUAGUAGAGGAGGCCCAGAAACUAGAAGAUGUCAUGGCAAAAUUUGAGGAGGAAAAGAGGAAAGCUGGUGAACUGGAGGAAUCACUUGUAGCUGAGAAGCAACGGAGCACGCAAAUGGAAGCCCAGAUGGAAAAACAGCUUUCAGAGUUUGACACGGAAAGGGAGCAACUGCAUGCUAGACUUAGCCGAGAGGAAGCACACACCAGUGAUCUCAAAGAAGAGAAGGAACGAAUGAGGAAAAUGAUUGAGCAGUUGAAAAAGGAAAACAAUAGCAAACUACACCUCUCCCUCCCCCGCAGGAGUAAAGAUAGAGGUUCUGUGUCUGUGUCUGUUGGGACAGAGGGGCCGGCUCUGAGGACGCUUGCCUGCCAAACAGAUGCAGUAUUAUUAGAGGGCGGCAGCGAAAACAUUAGGAAGUUGCCUUUGACUGUACCUGUAAAGCCUUCGCUCUCUGGCCACACGAAGAUGAAUGCAGGAUUUGUGAAACCACUCAUUGACAGGCAUUCUUCCUGUAGUGACCUCCUGCUGUCCCCGUCGACUUCCGUUCCGACGCCCACUCAAAGCAGAACUGAGGAGAAUGGACCGAGUACCUCACCAGACGUAACAAAUAUACCUUCCCCUUUUCCAAAUAAUGUUGCAUCCUCUCCAGCACCUCAGACCUACUUGCAGGCUUCGUCUGUGCACUCUUUGCAUUCUCCAUCCGCCGUUGGACAUCAGGGUCUGAAUCCACGUGUCCAGGCAGCUAGGUUUAGAUUUCAAGCCAACACAAAUGACCCAGACCAAAACGGAAACACUACCCAAAGCCCUCCCUCAAGAGAUGUAUCACCCACAAGUCGAGACAACCUAGUUGCCAAGCAGCUAGCUCGGAAUACAGUCACCCAAGUCCUUUCAAGAUUUACAAGUCCUCAGGGCACAGCUACUGGACGGCCAGGAAUGUCCCAUUCAAUAGACGCUGGAACGUAUCCUCCUCCUGUUGGUAGAAUGAGUUUAAAGACUCCAAAUGUGUCAAGAAUUGACAGAGGAAACCCUCCACCCAUUCCUCCUAAAAAGCCAGGCCUUUCACAAACUCCUUCACCGCCACACCCACAGCUUAAAGUAAUUAUGGAUAGUGGUCGAUCCCCUAAUAUAGGUGCCAAAACAGAGAGCAAAACCUUAGUUUCACCUCCUUCCAGUACACCUCAAGGAAUCAGGGUAAUAAAUGAGGAAGUUUUGUCUAAGUCCUCACCUCAGCUGCCACCCAAACCAACAAUAGAUAUAUCUGUGGCAUCUGCAGGCUGUGCCAUACCAGCCAUGGCCACAUCUCAGGUGGGUGCCUGGCCUUCCCAAUCCCCUGGACUGAACCAACCUGCAUGUUCAGAAAGUUCCUUUGUCAUUCCCACCACCAUUGCCUGUAGCUCCUCCAUAAACCCUGUUAGUGCUUCAUCCUAUAGACCAUGUGAUUCAGACAGCCUACUGGUAACAGCAUCAGGCUGGUCUCCCUCCCUAACCCCUUUAUUAAUGAACGGUGGUCCUGUCCCCCUGGGUGGCAGGCCCACCCUUCUUCACCAAGCUGCUGCCCAGGGAAAUGUCACUUUAUUGUCAAUGCUGCUUAAUGAAGAAGGUCUGAACAUUAACGACUCCUCUGAAGAUGGCUAUUCUGCCUUGUAUUCUGCUGCUAUGAAUGGACAUACAGAUUGUGUAAGAUUGCUGCUGACUUCAGAAGCACAAGUUGAUCUUGUUGAUAAAAAUGGUUUUACACCCUUGUGUUCAGCAGUUGCUCAGGGACAUUGCAAAUGUGCAGAAUUAUUAAUCAUGUAUCGUGCUGACAUUAAUCAUGCUGCUGAAAGGGGAGAGACACCUCUGUACUUGGCCUGUGGGAAUGGAAAUGACGAAUGUGUCAAACUCUUGCUGGAGGCUGGAGCCGACAGAAGUGCAAAAACCUGCGAUGGCUGGACCCCAAUCCAUGCAGCUGUGGAUGCUGGUCAUGUUGACUGCUUAAGACUUCUUAUGUACUACAGAACACCAGAAAGUGGAAACUUUGCGAAUGAAGCAGAUACUGAUCCCUACAUCUUUGACUUGGAGUGUGAAGAAGACAGCCUGAGCCGCAGUGCAAACCCCAUCGUUUCUGCUGACCUCAUCAACCACUCUGACAAAGAAGGCUGGACUGCAGGCCAUAUAGCGGCAUCAAAAGGUUUCAAGAGCUGCCUGGAGCUCUUGUGCAGCCAUGGUGGACUAGAAGCUGAGAGGAAAGAUAAAUGCGACAGAACGCUCCAUGACGUCGCUACCGAUGAUUGCAAGCACCUUCUGGAGAAUCUGAAUGGUCUGAAAAUCCCUUUACAGAUUGCAGUUGGCCAGGUAGACGACUGGUGCAUGGAGGACCUUGAAAUGGAAAACACCAUAAGUGUGCUAAACAUCCGCAAGCAGACAACAUGGGAUGACCUUUCAAAAACAGUGAGUCAGGCGGUGACAAACCAUUUCCAAGCAGUCACCUCUGAUGGAUGGAGGAACCUGGAAGACUCAGCACUGAACAACACUGUGGAAUCCAGCAUCGGCCUCACUACCAGCAGUAUAUUAUCCAUCAAGCUUGGCAAUAUUUCAUGGUCAACAGGUCAGAGGUUUCCCCAGACACCUUGGGAGUUUUUGAAAAGGAACCAGACAGAACAUAUAGUCAUAUUUUUGCUAGGCCCUCAAGAAAGCUGCCUGCACAGUGUGGCUUACGCCUCUAUGAUCCAUCUUCAGACACUACAGAAUUACCUGAGGCUGGUGGAACAGUACCGCAGUGUUAUCUUCCAUGGUCCAGAAGGAAGCUUGCAGGAUUAUGUAGCCCACCAGAUAGCCCUCUGCAUGAAGCAUAAGCAACUGGCUUCAGGAUUCAGCUGUGAAAUAGUCAGAGUGAAGAUAGAUGCUGAUUUCUCCAAGGAGCAACUUGCAGACUUGUUCAUUAGUAGCGCUUGCCUGAUCCCAGUGAAACAGCCUUCAGUAAGCAAGAGAAUCAUUGUCAUUCUGGAGAGUUUGGAGAAGGCUUCAUUGUUGGAAUUGCUGGGGGAGUUUCUGCAGCCUCUUGAAAACCGCGGUGCUGAUAACCCCUGUACUUUAAAGAAAGCCAGUGGAGUGUCUGAUGCAUACUACUUCCAUGAGAACUGCUUCCUUAUGGGGACCAUUGCAAAAUCUCGGCUUCAGGGCUCUGACCUAAUAGUCCAGCAGCAUUUCCUGUGGGUCCAGCUCCGGUGCGACGGGGAGCCAAUCCAUGGCCUCCUCCAGAGAUUCUUACGGAGGAAGGUUUUAAGCAAGUUCAGAGGUAAAAUGCCUCCUCCGUGUGAUCCGGUGUGCAAGAUGAUGGAGUGGAUCCUUGCAGUCUGGCACCAGCUGAACUCGUGCUUGUCACGGCUGGGCGCACCCGAAGCACUAAUUGGGCCAAAGCAUUUCUUUUCUUGUCCAGUGGUGCCUGGUCACAGCCAUGCCACAGUGAAGUGGAUGUCCAAAUUAUGGAAUGCUGUCAUUGCACCCCGAGUUCAAGAAGCAAUUCUCUCCAGAGCUUCUCUGAGAAGACCAACGGCACUGGGACAGACUACAGUCAAGAAAAGUCCAAGCCAAGGACAGCAGGCUGUGGUGAAAGCUGCUCUCAGCAUCUUGUUAAACAAAGCGGUUCUUCAUGGCUGCCCUCUUCCCAGAGCAGAACUGGAUCGGUACAUUGCUGAUUUUAAAGGAGGGAACUUCCCUCUUUCUGUGGUAUCAGGCUACAAGAAUUGCUCCAAGAAAAAGGGGGAAGGCGCUGCUUGGAGAAAAGUGAGCACAAGUCCUCGCAAGAAGCUGGUCCACUCCUCAGCCCAGUCGUGGAGCAAGAAAGAAGAAAAUGUAGAAGGAAUAAAAUCAAAGAACGUGUUGCAGGAAAAUGGCAACAAAAUUGCUUCUCUGACAAAAAAAUCUCUAGAUGACGACACACUAAGCUUGGAUCAGAGGCUAUCCCUUGGUUCUGAUGAUGAAGUUGACCUUGUACAGGAACUUCAGAGCAUGUGUUUAAGCAAAUCCGAGUCUGACAUAAGCAAGAUUGUCAGUUCGAAGGAUGAGUUGAUGGUGAUGAUCAGUAAUUCUCAGAAGGAUCCUGUGUUUUCAGCAAACAUCAUCAAUGCAAAUACAUCAGCAUCACAGCAGGAUGGGGAUCCCAGGAUCUGUCCUCUCAGCAGCAGUCGACCUGUGGAAUGCAGCAACAAUAAACCAAAAACUGAAUCUUUCAAGAGUGGCGUUUCAAGAAUGAAAUCUUUUCUUCCUGUUCCCAGAAGUAAAGUCAGCACUAAGCAAAGCAGCAGCAAUACAAGGCAAAUAGAGGCAGUGAGUGACUCGAAAGAAGAAAUUUGGAACACGCACAAAAAAAUGCAACUUGAAAAAUACGAAUAAAUACACCUGCCUCCCAUUCAUUCUUUUUCCUUCCUUCCUCAUCCUUUCCGUACUUUGAGUAACCUUGGAGAACAAAUUCAUUCACGUGUGUAAAUAAUUUUUAAAUUGUUUUCUUUGGUUAAAAUGGUGUAUAUGGGACCACAGUUUAUUUUCUAUGUAAAUAUAAGCUGUUUAUAAUGAAAAUAUUAGAUUAUAUCAAAUUGAUCCCUUGGUAGUAGAGAGUGCUAGCUUCUUUAAAUGAUUUUCUAAUCCAAAAUGUCCUUAUUGUUUAAUUAUAUUCAGGGGCAUCACCACAGGAAGUGUGGGGAUAUGUGUGUGCACAUGUAAAUACAGUAUAAAUAUAUAUCUAUAUAAGACUUGAUCCAGAGAUACCUAUGUACAAAUGGCUGUUGCACACGGCUAGUGCCACAUGUCAGUCUUCAAGGGAGAGAUGUAUUCAUUGCAUUAAGAUGCAGAUAGCCAGCCAGGAAGGGCCAACUGGUUAUCCACAACCGCAUUGUUCAAGCGGCCACUUCUGCUGGGCAUCACCUUAUGCAUUCAGAGACUUUACCUGCAGGCCUGCUCUGCUAGUCUGCAUGAGCGUCUCAUGCAGUUCUCUGCAUAGGGAAAAAAACAGUGGCGGGGUCCUUUGUUUUCUGCAAAAAGCAGGACCCAGGACGUUUGCAUGUGUGAAAAUGCUCUCCUGCACAUGUGAGACACCUGCAGAAGGAGGAUAAGUGGAUCAGGGUGAUAAAUUUUAUAAUAGUUAUAUGCUGACUUUCCCGUGUUCUGUUUCAUACAUUAGGUUGCACAAUUCUGUACAGUACUGGCUUCGAGCUAAUGUACCUGUGUUUUCAAGGCAAAAAAGUUUCAGUGUUCACUUUCUGAAAAGUGAAUAGAAUGUGGCAAUAAUGGAAAGGAUUGGAAAUAUUGCCAAGUUACUUUCAGUUAUCAUCUGCAUUAAAUAUUUUAAUUGCCCAGAGUACUAGGCAGCUUGGCUUAUUUCUUGUCUCUCUCUUGUGUUACUUCAAUUUGGCAGUCCAAUUCCCUUUAGAAUUAUAAUUUGCGCAGAUUUUGCUUUUCUGUUAAAAACAGGAGGUACAAAACUUAUCAUAAGCAAUUUGUGGUCAUUUGUCCUAUAUAUUUGUUGGGUAGUGGAGAAAAGAAUCACAAUUAAUUGUAUAAACUAUUCGAUAUGCUAUAAAACCUUUCCCCAUUUGCUCAUUCUUGACAUACAUGAAUUUAGGAUAUUGUGUUAAAAGACAGCACUAGAUAACAACACAAUUAUCAAAAGUAAAAACAGCAAUAACUGAUAGGAGGGAGGGACAUAUAAUUUAUGUAUUCUGUCUGGGAUAAUAUUUUAAUUGCUAUUCACCUGAGCAGCUAUUCCAUUCUGCAUUUGUUGUCCUCAUGGAAUAUUUUCCAUAUUCAUGGUGGGAAAACCUAUCAUUCAGGUGUGCAUUUUCUCUUCUAUUCCUGUCUUGUCACCAUUUUUUUUAUAAAUGAGUAGACACAGUUUCCUUCAGAGCGGACGUCAAAACCACCUGGUGAAUUCUUAAGUCUGUGCCCUCCCUUCAAUUCAUGCUGUGAAGAAACUCAGCUGAACCGCUUCACAAGAAAGUUGUGAAAUCAACUGUCACAUUAAAUGUUCUCCUGUCGUCAUGCCAAUAAAACCCUUUUUUGUACUGCA